AUGGAAGCGAGAAGGUCAAUUUCAAGUAUGGCAGCCAAUGGUCAACAAUUCGGUGAGAGACAAGAUUAUGCUCCUAGAAAAGUCAAUGAGGUGAGUAUUUCCUCUAUUGAACAACAAUUGGACUCUCUAACCUCUUUGGUGGAAAAAUUGGUUGUAAGACAGGUUCAGCAAGCCAAAACAUGUGGAAUUUGCUAUGCUUCUAGCCAUCAGACUGAUACGUGUCCCACACUACAAGAUGAUCCAAAUGAAUAUGUGAAUGCAGUUGGCGGAUUUCCUAGCCCACCUCAAAGGCGAUAUGAUCCUUAUUCAAACACCUACAAUUCAGGGUGGAAAGAUCAUCCAAAUUUCAGUUAUGCUUCAAGGCCACCGGGAUUUCACCAACAGCAAUUGGUUUCAAAAUCAGGUACAUCACUUGAAGAAAUUGUUAAAUCGUUAGCCACUAAUGCACAGCAAUUUCAACAGGAGACGAGAGCUAGUAUUCAAAAUUUGGAGAAUCAAACUAUUAUCAACCCCAAGCAAAAUGUGAGUGCAAUUACAUUGAGGAAUGGCAAAGAGUUGCCACAACCCAGUCAGAGAAUUUUUGAGCAGGCCAUUGAGGAGGCUAUUGAGAAAGAAGAAGUGACACCCAAACCUAAAGAUGUGCCGCAGCAAAAAUUUGGGGAUGAAUCGUCAGUAGUGGUGACACCUCCUCCUCCAUUUUCCAAUCGAUUUGCAAAAUCUAAGGAGGAGCAAGAGCAAGAAGUUUUUGACAUUUUUCGCAAAGUUGAGGUAAAUAUUCCUCUUCUUGAUGCCAUUAAGCAAAUUUCUCAAUAUGCAAAAUUUCUUAGAGAAUUGUUCACCACUAAGAAAAAGUUAAAGGGCUGUGAAAAGAUUUAUAUGGGAGAAAGUGUUUCAGCGGUCCUACAACAGAAAUUGCCUUCUAAACAUAAGGAUCCAGGUAUGUUUACUGUUCCUUGUAAAAUAGGGAAUGUUAAGGUCGAAAAAGCAUUGAUAGAUUUAGAAGCUGCAAUAAAUAUCAUGCCUCGUUCCAUUUAUAAUUCUCUGAAUCUUGGACCCUUAAAAGAAACGAGUGCCAUUAUGCAACUUGCUGAUAGGUCUAAUGCAUAUCCUGAUAGGGUAUUGGAGGAUAUUCUACUUCAAGUUGAUAAAUUGGUUUUUCCUGCAGAUUUCUAUGUGUUAGAUAUGGACGAUGACUUUUCUGUUUCACCUUCAAUUUUGUUAGGCAGACCAUUUUUAAUGACAUCUAAAACAAAAAUUGAUGUUUAUUCAGGAACCUUGACAAUGAAAUUUGAUGAUCCUGGUGUUGAAGAUUCCAGGGUGGUUUCAGCUUUAUCCAAAAAGUUUGGGCUAGAGGGCAAGUCCGGAAGAAAUGGUCCAAUUCUUCAGAUUGGAGGGAACAGAGAGGGCAAGAGUCGUCUUGAAUAA